AAUCCAAAUGUUAGACAAUAUAAAAAAGCCAGCACAACAACCCAGUGGGGUGUUUUACGGCCAGAAACACAAGCAACAUGGACCUUGUGCUUCUCAGUGUGUUCCUGCCAUUGCUCACGGUGGCCUGGGGCCAGUACGAGGACUAUGCGGGAAAUUAUUACCCCCACAAUGAAUACAGGGACAAUGAUGAAUGGGUCAAUGUGUAUCGGCAGGGUUUCAACUUCCAGUGUCCUCCUGGGCAAGUGAUUGUUGCUGUGAGGAGCACCUUCAGCAAAAAAGAAGGCUCAGACCGACGAUGGAACUAUGCCUGUAUGCCAACGCCACAAAACCUUGGAGAGCAAACAGAAUGCUGGUGGGAAGAUAUCAACAGAGCUGGAUUGGAAUGGUAUCAGACGUGUUCAAACAAUGGACUGGUGGCAGGAUUCCAGAGCCAAUAUUUUCCAUCUGUACUGGAUCGGGAAUGGCAAUUUUAUUGUUGCCGCUAUGGUCGGAAAUGUCCGUAUUCAUGUUGGUUGACAACAGAACAUCCAGGGCAUUAUGGGGAAGAUAUCGACAUGAUGAUGUAUACCUAUGACUACUAUAUCCGUGGAGCGACUACAACCUUUUCGGGUGUGGAGAGAGAUCGCCAGUGGAAGUUUAUUGUGUGCAGGAUGACAGAUUUUGACUGUCAGUUUCAAAAUCUGUAGAGGCAUUGAUUAUAUACUACACUUGGGGAGGGGGAUGAAACAAGAGAAGGGUGAAAUGAAAACAGUAGGCGAGACAGUGUAUUCAGGCACCAGCUUUUUGGCAGAGUUGUAAGCAUCACACUGCAUCCAAAUUUACUUUGCAUUCUAGAGGCACAUCCAUAUGGCCUUUCUUUAGAGAUCAGAUUUCUGAAUCAGUUCUCAUAAUUUCCAGAGAACAUAAGCUUCAUGUGCUUCCCUUCCCCUCUAUAAAUCUGGUGGACACAAUCCAUGAUGACUUCCUUCCUAGUUCCAGUGCAGAGAUAUUCUUUCCUGAGUUUCUAGUAGGGAUACUUGAACACCUUCUGGUUUGUUCCACACUGUGUCCUCUGGUUGUGAGCAAGAAGCUAACCCUCAAAGGAUUAUUUGGCUGCUGAAGAAGGCCUGGCCCAUUUUAUGAAGUCAUUCCUGGCAUGUAGCAUGGGAUAGUACAGUGCAGUGCCCCAGGAACAAGGUUGGGCCCCUCUGCAGCCUCUUGUUGCUUCUCAUAGACCCGCUGCUCCUCCCUGUUUUGCUUAACCUCCUCCGCCCAUCCCUAUAGAUCUGCUUCCACCACUAAGGAUUUGGUGGACAAGUUUAAUCCAGGCAGGGUCAAAACUUGGCUGGUAGACAGUCAUAGUAGUCAAAGCAUGACCUGCUUACCUUGAAACAUUUGAGGUAGCCAUAGUUUCUAGGGAUACCUGCCACACUCCUGCCUCUGUGCUACAAUACCAAACUUGGGAGUAUAGAAAGCAACCAUGUGGAUGCGCACUUGAAGAAAACUGUGGACUAUCAAUUCCCUUGAAUGUUUUUAUUUGUGGCUUAUUUGCAGUUUCUAGAUGCUUCCUGAUUAGAACUUAAAUAUUGUAGGGUUGGGGUUGUUGUUGUUUUUGCUUGUAGCUUAUCUGUAUAUCUGCAGUUUAAUGUCAUACUAUUUUUUGCCAACUGCAUCUAACUUACACAAAGGACCAAAAGGUCCCUGAAACCUUACAACAGUCUACAGCUGUGAUUGCAAGGGAGCAGAGAUUUCUUCUACUGCACAGUUUUGUGACGCAGACAAAUAUGAUACCUUAUACAGAAAAAUGCUGACUAGCAUUGACUCUGGAGUUAAAAUUGCGUAUCACCCUGCAUUAGUCUUACUUCUCAAAUUAUUUCUGUGUCUAAAAUCCAGAUGAUACCAAUGAAGUAACCUCCGAUGGCCUAGCGCCUUCAU